GCACCCCAGCCGCCCGAAUCAUGGACAGGUAUAAGAGAUGCAACCGUACACAGAAGUAUAUGUUUCCAGCAUUGGCCUAUUUCGGCGGAACCGGCAGAAAACGAAUCGGAAGAUUGUCUUUACAUAAAUGUAUACACCCCAGAGGAUCCAAAUAAUUCCGCAAAUAAAUUAAAACCGGUAAUGUUCUGGAUUCAUGGUGGCGCCUUUCUAGCAGGUUCCGGUAAUUCCGAAUCGUUCGGUCCAGAUUAUUUGGUACAAGAAAAUAUAAUACUUGUAACAUUCAAUUAUCGACUAGGUAUCUUUGGAUUUCUAAGAGUUGACGAUCCAAAUAUUGAAAUUCCUGGAAAUGCUGCAAUGAAAGAUAUGGUAAUGGCAUUAAAAUGGACCAAAGACAAUAUUGCAUAUUUCGGAGGUGAUCCAGGCAAUAUCACCGUCGUUGGACAAAGUGCUG